AAAUUACAUCACCUUGCUCUUGGAGCCACGGCAGAGAGGCAGCUUUUUCCUUUUGGUCCUGUUUUAUCCUGAUUUCGUUUAUUUUCUCGUUUUUUUACAUUGUGCUUUUUGUAAAAUUGAUAACUUUAAUCACUCUUUGUAUGUUGUGAAAACAUAAAUCUGCUAAUUGUGUGCCUCAAGUGCAGUGAAUUUCGUCCAACGGUCCUUUCUAAAACAUGUUCCCAACCCGCUUCCCGACGGCCGGCGAUCCGGCCGUGGACGUGAGCGACCCACUGUUCGGGAUGUACUCCUGGUACAGCGGCAGCGGCGAAUCGUCCUCCUCGUCGGACGACCUCAGCGAGCUGGCCGCCUCCUUCCGGAGUGCGCUGGCCCUGGACCUGGAAGCGUUCGGACGGGACGCGCUGGGAAUGCAGCAUGCGCGCCCGAACCUAUCGCUCGUCCGGGACGAUUUCAUCCGCAACGGGAUCGAUUCGGCGAUUCCGGGCCGGAGCGUGCACCGUCGUCCGCCCGGGUUCGUCCAGGAACCGGUGUCGAGCCCUCGGUGGCCGCUCACCAGCUUGGAAAACGUGCUGCAGACGUCGACGCCGGUGGAGCAACCGCCGCCGCCAAAGACGGGCUCGUCGGAUGGCCGGUCCCGGCGCAAACACAAGGAGAACGACUAUUGCGUGUUUUGCUACAACAACGGUGAGCACCAGGAGGUGUACAUGAGCCAUGUGUGCCGGGACGAGCGCGGCCAGGUGCAGUGCCCGCGGCUGCGCCGCUACGUCUGUCCGUACUGCUUCGCUACGGAUCGGAACGCGCACACCAAGAAGUACUGCCCGAACAAGCCGAUCAUCACGCCGGAGGAUCUGCUCAAGAUGCCGGCGGGGGAGACGGCGGACGCGGCACCGGUGCCGGUGAUCAAGUCCAAGAGCAAGAAGUCGCUGCGGUUCUAGGUGGAAGUGUUGUUUUAUUCUUUUUAUUUUUUAUCCUCUUUUAGUCACACGCUAGUUCGUGUGUGCCUUUCGGUGCCUCAAAAGUCGGAGGUUUUCGUAAAGAAGCCUUUAUGAAAUUGUAGUAAUUUGAACCAUGUAAGAGAAAAAAGAAACUGUCGAAUCGGUUUCGCUGCCUGGCGCGCGAAGAUUUGCAUAAAGCUAGGUGGAAAAAAAGGUUUGUUCCGGAAAAAGUGUCAUUUGUUUACACGUCGAAUGUGUAUCCUUGUUUUUUAACGCACUUUUUAUACUGUUUAUUCUGUAUUUUUUGUUACUGUAUAAUCGAGCCUUGUAUAAGAAAAAGCGUUAUGUUCUGACUAUGAUGAAUUCAAUAAAGUGAUGUUCGAACGAAUUUCUCAA